UCCUGGGCUACUCUAUUCGGUUUCUGCUCGAUCCCGACUCGCAGAUGGGAAGAGCAGGCCGAUGAAAUCAUGGAGGAUCUAGCUGUGACGUCGAUCCAUUCAUCGUCGACCGGCUCCGAUAAUGACGGCAAUAGUUCAUCGUCGAUUCUACUUUCCCCUCAGUUUGACCUUUACCUUGAUGGCUCGCCUGUGCUCGAGGAGGAGUACUCGGACGACUCGGACGAAGAUCAGAUAUUCAAGCACGGUUGCGACAAGCAUCCUUUCAUUGACAGGGACGUAGAUCCGGACGUUGCUUGUGUCUUCAUCAUGGCCGAACAGCGCAGGAUCUAUCAUGCGCUUUCUUGCGCAUUGUAUCAGAGACGCGCCGUUGGCAUUCAUGAUCCCAUAAUUGGAUUGACCUUUGGGGAUCAGGACCCCUAUCUGUGGCUCGUUAUUGGCUGGAUAGGAAAGGAUGAGGUCAAUCCAGGCCAAACCCUCCCGAAGGUCCACCUCAUGCACACUUCAUUCGACAGCGAACCUUCAACACCGCAUGGCGUAUUCAACAUGCUUGACCCAUUGUCUGCCAUUCAUCUCUCCCGGGUUCUUCUCUCUGUACGCGCCCAGUUUCCCUAUAUAAAGUCUCAGGCGAUACGUGAGAGCAACUCCUCGCCGUUGGACAAUGACGCCCAGUUGGAGCUCUCCUGGAGGUCGGAUCAAGUGCUCUCCGAUUUUCGAACAGAGCCUUCUCUCAACGACGUGAUCGCUCCCUGGAUUGAAACUCUACCUUGUCGCGACAGCCUUACCGUUGAGACCCUGGAUAGUUCGACGGAUCUGAUGGCUCCUAGAGGUCAUAAACCAAAUCAGAAUAAACAGUCCAAGGGAGGCAGUGGCAGAGCGGCUAGUAGUACUCUUGAUGCUGUUGACGAGGAUGAAGCAAUAGACCAUGUGAGAUCUGAGGUCGACGUCGCAAACCGCUCAGCCCCGUCUCGUUUCAGGAGCAAAAAAUCCACGAGUAGCUGGUCGUUGUCAAAGCUGGCCGCUCGACACCCCGGCGACUUCUCGACGCCUGAUUCCACAAGCAAGUAUCUACUAGGUCGAAAUGUUGCGCGGGAUACGAAACUCCCUCACGAGGUCUACGACACACUAAAGAUGGACCGCGCAAUGGAUAUAGCUCUCACCAAGUCACAAGAGUACGAUGAUAUGGUAGCGCCAUUUUGGCCACCUUCCUGGGGAACCGUGAAGGACCUGCCGCAAGUACGACCAGAACAGAAGCAUCUUUGCCAUGAGCUACUUCGCGCGAUCAAAGCUCGAAGGACCUGCAAAACCCGCGUGCCCAUCCAGGAUCUCGACGAUGAAGCCCUGGUAAACCUUAUGACCAAUCGCUUUCAACAACUCCUAGAUAUCGUUGAGGAGGCCCUUGUUUUGAAGAAAAGCGCAGAGGUCAUCAACAUACCAGAGGCAAUGUUUCGAAGUGCAUUCGACCGCUUAGUCCAUCUAUUCUUUAAUGGAGAAGACAAUCAAUCAGAAGGACGACUCUCCAUCCUUGAAGCUAAAAUUUCGAUGCCACGCAACACUUUAGCAGAUGCGUUGCUGUCGGAGCUGAAAGACAAGCUGGAUAUGAGGAAGGUAGUACGGUCGUUCACCAGGGAGUCCAGCAUCAUAGGCCAGCACCGCAAGGAUAUUAGUCUUCAUGCCGAUUUCCUCUUAGAUUUCGAGAUCAAGAACCCCCAAUUCGGCAUCCUCCAGAACAACGUGAGGGCUGCGAAAAAUCUGCUCGAGAAAGCCGUGGAACAAAUGGAGGUUAAUCCGAAGGAUGUUUUAUCUGACGCCACACUCGAACCACCCACCGGGACUGUGGAUAAUUUAGGUCUCGUACGAAUCAAGGACUUCUUUUCACCUGAAUCACCUCCGAAGGAUGCCCUCAAAUCUUUCACGCUUUUCGACACAUCCAGGAAGAACGCAAAGGAUCUUGCUUCACACGAUGGCUUCGUCCACAAUAUACAGCACACGCUUGGUCGCAAGAUCAAUGUGGACCAGCCUAAUGACCCUUUCGCAUCGGCCAGAUACGAUUAUCUAGUGCAGGAUGAUUCAUCACACGUCACUUACGACUCUCAGUCUCCACCUCCGCCUAAUCCUGUAUCAAGCAAGAGAGAAACCACAGUUCCGACUAAAUCGAUCAAGCAGGAUGAGAGCCUGGACGAACUCGUGGAUCUCUUGCUGCCCCUGUUGGUAGACGAGUACAAGAAGGAUCUCGAUGCGUUUCAUAUCCAAGGCCCAAACGAAGUCCGAGCCUAUCUCAUCGCAGCUCUUAAGUUCCUAGGUGUCUGCGGCAUUGAGAACUUUCUCAUCGCUAGUGUGUAUACCGAGGGGACCAUGGGAGUCGUACAAGGAGGAUGGAAGGAUGAUGUCUCGGGCGAGGGCGGUAAGAAUGGCGCAGUACAUCUCCUCGAUCGCAACUGUCAGGCUUUUGAUAUCGCCAAUGUUCUUGGUGCUUUCAACUUUGCCGUCUUUCUCGCCCGUCUCGCCCACGUUCGUGCCCCGAAAAUGCUCGAGCUAUUCGAUGACGACAAACGCGCUGCGCUGCAUGAAAAGCUUCGAGAUCAGGAAAGCGACGUCUACAAGUGGAAGUACUCCUCACAGCUGGCUGAAGAGGGGUUCCAGGCUGCCAGGCAGAGGUUCAUGAACCAAUAG